AAUGAAGGUGGUCCAUAUGAUUUGCCCAUUAUUCCACCGGCAUGACAUCGUUAAUUCAUUCGUUAGCCCCAUCGAUAUAGAUAUAGGAAUCAUAUACUCUCUCGAUAUGCAUAAUUAAUUAAUUAAUAUUACCACUCUUCUAGUUAACUUGUGGUUAUAUAGACAGUCUCACUGUCUCUCUCUCUUUCAAUUCUGGGCAUCUUCUCGUGUUUGUUAGGUUUGAUCAGAUCUGUGUGAGAAAAUGGGGAGAAAGGAGUAUUUGGCUAUGAAAACUGAUCCGGCCACAGCCGAAUUGAUCAAUUCCGACAUCAAUGACCUGAAGAUGGCUGCCAAGAAUCUCAUUAAUCAUGCCACCAAGCUUGGAGGCCUUGGGGUCGGCACUUCUGUCUUCAAAUGGAUUGCCUCCUUUGCUGCUAUUUACUUGUUGAUAUUGGAUCGAACAAACUGGAGGACAAAUAUGCUGACUUCACUUUUAAUCCCUUAUAUUUUCUUUAGCCUUCCUUCGUUGUUGUUCAACGUGCUAAGAGGAGAAGUUGGAAAAUGGAUUGCCUUCAUUGCAGUUGUACUCAGACUCUUCUUCCCACGACAUUUCCCAGAUUGGCUGGAGAUGCCUGGGUCGUUGAUUCUUCUUUUGGUGGUUGCUCCCAGCUUUUUCGCAAGCACCCUGAGGGACAAUUUGGUCGGCAUCGUGAUAUGUCUCCUCAUUGGUUGUUACCUGCUGCAAGAACACAUUCGGGCGUCCGGUGGAUUCAGAAAUUCAUUCACACAAACCCAUGGGAUAUCAAAUACAGUUGGGAUUAUCCUUCUGUUAGUCUAUCCAGUGUGGGCACUGGUACUUUACUUCAUCUAGAGAUCAUUCAUGCUGCAAAUUAAGUAAUGAACUUGUUACUAGUUUCAUAUAUGUUAGACAAACAAAUUCAUUAGUUGCAAUGACCUUUGUUUUAUUUGUUUAAAACUCAAGCUUUUAGAUUGAAUCCUGUGAAAUGUAGAAAAACUGUGUGCGUCCGUUUACAUUGGGUGCUUUAUUGGUGUUAUUUGAUUGAGUUGCAAUAUGCCAAUAUGUACAUAUUAGCUCUGGUGGGCUAAAUGAAUUAUGUAAGAGAAAUUAUUGUAUGUCUUCCACCAA